AUGGCUCCCUGGCCCCUCCCCAACUCGACUCUUCCUCCACCCAUGGGCAACGGCAGCGCCAUGCCAGGGCCGCCUAACACCUCCGCAGCCCGCGUCUCAUCACAACACGAGCGCCUGCUACUCGAGCUCCUCCCCUUCAAGGAGGCGUCCAAGUUCCACGAGUGGCUCGACAGCCCCUUCGUCCGCGGGCCGUGGAACGAGUUCAACGCCGACUUCCUCAUCCCCCGGAGCGGGGCCGCCGCCGCCGGCGAAGGUCCGGCCGGGAUCCCGGAGCCGGACAAGCCACGCACGGCGCAGGCGGCGCGCGACGCGCUCAACUCCCGCAAGCCAAAGUUCCUCGUGUACCACCCGGACAAGACCGGCUGGACGCCCGAGGACCACCACGUGCGCUUCAUCGUGACUCUCGUCGCCGACAACAUGCUGCAGAACCUGUGGUACGAGUCGGAGUGGAAGAAGCGGGGUCUCGACAUCGCAAAGGCUGCUUACGAGGUGCUCAUCUUCCUCAAGGCUACCUUGUUUGUCGACCCCAGCCCGCCGAGUUACUCGGCAUGA